GCAAACACACACAUUUUCAUUGAUUGCCCUACGAUACCAGUAGAUAUCCUUUUAUUAUUUUGGCUUGCUUGCAUGCAUGUGAGAGAAGAAGUUCUAUACUGGUGAUACAAACCUGGAAUCUUUUAAUAAAUAAACCUGCGUGUGAUAAGGAAUUCACUUGAUUCUUGACCUUCUACCCAUUUCACCCAUUCUCUAAAUUCUCUAUCUUAACAUUCCUUUCAAGAUAAUCAAUCAUACCUACUUUACUCCCAUUAACUGUCUUCCCUUUUCCACAUUCUCCUUUGAAGCUUCUACGAGUAUUUCAUUCCCAUAUUCCAAAAUCUUUAUUACAUCAUCUUGUAAUCAAUUAAAAAGGUUCUACGAGUAUUAAUCGAAGCUUUGGUACCUACCGAGUUCACAAAUUUUACCUCCCUCGAAACAGCUUCUCAAAAACUUCCACAUCAACCAUUUCCUCGAAGCUAACUCAACACAACAUUGCUGUUCACACCACAAAGUUUUUGAGGAGCACAUAAUAUCAUUGAGCUGGAAGCUUCUCAAUCAAUAACAAACAAUGUCUAGCGUUAAGACUAGACGACAAACAGCGGCCGCUUCUACACCAUCAACUCCCACGCCCGCAGCUCGUGAACAAGCCAUCAUGAAUGGCAAUGGGAAUGGUUCGGCACAUAAGUCUGAAGAGGCUGUGUAUGUUAAAGAAAACAUCUUUCUCUUCUGGCCCAAUGUUAUCGGAUACUUUCGAAUCGUUCUCGCAUUAGUAUCUCUAUACUACAUGCCCCUUCAUCCACGUACCUGUACUCUUCUCUACAGUAUCUCCUGCCUUCUCGAUGCUCUCGAUGGGUACGCUGCCCGCUACUUUGAACAAUCUACAAAAUUUGGUGCGGUAUUGGAUAUGGUGACCGAUCGUUGUACUACUGCCUGUUUGCUGGUCUUCCUGUCUUCAGCCUGGCCCCGAUGGGCUCUUCUUUUCCAAGGACUCAUCUCGUUGGAUUUGGCUAGUCAUUACAUUCACAUGUAUGCGACUCUUGUGAUGGGAGGCGGAGAUACCAGUCACAAGCAAGUCGAUAAAUCUCGAAGUUGGAUUUUGAACUUGUAUUACACAAACAAGACUGUCCUCUUCCUCUUCUGUGCUCUCAACGAAGUUUUCUUCAUCGCCCUCUACCUCCUCUCCUUCUCCUCUCCUCUGCUCUCCCCAUCUCUCCUCCAAGUUACCAACAAUGGCGAAGCAGCAAGCACACUCGUCCCUGGAAGCCCCUCCAAUCCAUCUGCCGCAUCCCUUUUCGCUAAUCCCUACAGCGCCGGCGCAUUGGAACUCGCACGCGCAAAUAAGAUGGAUUCAACCUGGCCAUGGAUCAUUGCGGGAAUCUCAUUCCCCAUCAUGGCAGGAAAACAAAUCAUCAAUGUCGUACAAUUGGUCAAAGCUAGUCGAUGGUUGGCCGAGGGAGAUAUUCAAAUGAGGAGAGCAGCUGGAUUACCAAGACAGAUAAAGGAGAAAUGAUUGACCUUGUGGCAGGUGAUCUUUUUUUUUUUUUUCCUUUUCUCAAUCUUUGUUAGAUUUAUUCUGUUCGAGUCUUUCCGACUCAUUUGUGUAUCUGGACCUUUCAAGGUUCUCUUUGCACAAAUCUACACUUUGCAUGUGUAGUUGUAUCAGAUAUUUUGGCUCAUGUAUAGUGCCGGGUUUUUGCAUUCAUUCAUCUAUUUGAUUGACUGUUUGUUCAUUCAUUCGUUAUAUUUAUUUUGAUAUCAUACAAAUAGGGAGCAUAAGGUAGAAGAGGAAAUGGCGUUGGGAUUCAUUUGCAGCCAUCUAAGUCUUCUAUGAUUGAUAGGCAUGUGAAGUUGGGUCUGUAAUGGGAAUUGAAUGAUAUUCAAUAUAAUAAUAAUAUUCAACUGAUUUUGGAUUGUUCAAUGUAUGUAUGGGCUUGUGUGUGAGAAUCACUAAGGUGGAUUCAGAUAUUCAUGUGAAGUGAUUGACAAUGUAUGUUUGUGUGAUUGUAGUAAAGUCAAGAAGGUGGGAAAAGAAAUUGUGAGACAUGCAUAUAUGCACGCUCUAGGUGAAUCAAUUGAUGUACCGGUACGAAUAGAUGUUAUGGUAGGAGGGAAUGAAUAGAACGGAUUGAAACGAGGCGAUUGUGUGGAGUAGGUAGGUUAGCUAUGUAUGCAGUAUGUAUAGAUGGAUGGAUUGUAAAGAAACGGUGAACGAUAUGUAUGUAUAAUGUUUAUUGGUGUUUGGAUGGAUGGAUGGAGAAUUUGAAUGGAGAAUUUGGAUGGAGUCUGGAUUUGAGAUGAUGGUCGCGUGAGACUUGAGAGUUUGGAUAGGGAUAAGAUGGAUGGAUGGAUGGGAGUAGAUAUGGGGUAGGUGGAGAAGAAGGUGUAGAAGUAGGUGUAGAAGUAGGUGUAGAGAGAUAGGUAUAGAAGAAGGUAUUGAAGAAUGCUUUUUGA